UACAAUUCCGGUGAGCGCUGUCAUUUGCGUUAGCAAGCUUUAUGAAUGAGUGGUAAAUACGGAGAGUUUUAGCCAGGAAGAUGAUCCAUCUAUCAUACAGCAUACUGUAGUGUAAAACGUCAGGCAGUAGGAUCAGGCAGUAGUAAGAAGUGUCACGAUCGACGCGAAAUUGAUACGAGGAAGAGGCUGUUAGGAUUACACCUGCCUGCGUCGUAACAAAACAGGGGACACGAGAGGAUCUGUGACGGCGGCAAGGCUGCGAUUUCUCUCAUUGUUCUCCACAAGUGGGCACGGAGUGGCAGAGAGCAUGGGCAAGCUGUGACAGGACCGGGCCAUGUCUGGGCAGAGUAGCUGCUAAAUAAAGCCAUUGAAGUUCAGACAGCGCUGCCUCUCUGUCCCACCCCAGCACACACAAACACACGGCCAUCAGCCGGGUCUGUCAUACAGACACCGUCCCCAGAUCCCUGUUUCAUCUUCAAUGGCAGCGCAGACACUUGGCACAGACACCUCCAGCAAGGAUGCCAGCCUGGAGAGCUCCUCUGCUCCCAUGGUGUGAAGACAACAGCAUGAAGAGGGACAAACCAGAAAAGGAAAAAAAGAACAAGUACUUUCUGCAAAGGGAGAUCAUUGCGGACCCAAGUCCUGCAUCUUGCUUUCAAAGCCUGUUUUAGUGAAGCACGAGAAACUGAUGGAUGUGUCACUGUCACAGAAGCCAUUCCGAUCUUUUUUUUAAAGCGAUAUAAAUACGCUUACGGAUUGCACGAAGUGAGGAAAAAAAAGAGAACUUGCUUGGCUGAAAUAUACACCAGAUUCAUGAUACUCUUUGGUCUAUUUUUGUGUUCUAGCACAGCCUUCAUGAAUUAUUUAAAUAACAGCCUUUAUCCGAUUGUGUGAAGCCAAUCUUAACGAUGGUGGUAAUCCUACAGAUUGGAGUGCACAGUGUGAGGCUUAAAUUAAAACAAGACUUGAGUGAGAAGAGAACCACAUCGAAUAUAAAAUCUAAAGGCAGAGGCCUUCCUUUCACUACCCAUAGGUUUAAUGCUCACAUUAUUCUGGCAGAGUGUUAAUAAGAUAUAAAGAUUUAUUUCACCUACCAAUACACAGUCUGUGUUUCGGUUUGCUGGCUUCCUAGUUGUGAGAAUUAUCCUUUAAUUGAUGGGACUUUAAAAAAAAAACAACUGAUACAAUGGAAAUCUACUCUGCAGAAAAGAAGGACUUUCUGUUAGAAAGAUGAUUCUUGACAUGUCCAAGGUGUGCAGUCAACACUAAAGAAGAAGGCUUUCCACUGAGGAACCAGUGAGAUAGGAGGGUCCAUUUUCUAUUUUGUAUCGCAGGGAACGUAAUGACACAUUUGGUGAUGUUGCACAUUGUUAUCAUUUAUGUUUGAAAAAAUAAAAAUUGGAUGCUGACUUCCAGGAGACAAUACUCAGUGGAGUGAGGCACAGUUGCUCACACUUCUUUUCCAGGGUCGAGGAGCAACUCGCAAAGAAAGCCUACAAGGGAGUUUCCAGGGGCUGUGGCGUGGCAGUGCGGACAGCAGGCAGGGCAAAAUGCCUGAGAUGGAUGACCUCUCUCCUCCACGGAGCCAGGUGGACCCAGCCCAGAUCCAGAGGAACGUCCUGGAGGAGCAGGUGGAGCUGUGGUGGUUCCGGGAGCCCCGCAAGUCCAUCCUGUGCUACUGCACAUCUCUGGUGCUGAUCCUGGGCUGUGGCAUAGGGGGCGUGGCGCUUUUGUCCACCACCACCAGCUUGUCCAGCGAGUGGAGACUGGGUGUCGGCAUGGCCCUCUGCUUGCUUGCCCUGGCCGUGCUCCUCAAGCAGUUGCUGAGCUCCGCCAUCCAGGACAUGAACUGCGUGCGCAGCCGCCAGCGCAUCGAGAUGCUGAAGAGUGGGGGUUUCUCUGACCUGCUGGUCAUCCUGCUCACUGGACUGGCGCUGGUGAUCUGUGGGAUUGUCCUGCUCAACCUUGCCCUUGCCAGUGGGAUGCCCAGGCCUGGGCUCACCCUGAAUGACAUGUUCAUCUCAGGGGUUGUCCUCGCUGCUGCAGGGUGCGUGACUGUCUUGUCCUUGGCAGGGUACUGCAUUGUGGUCUUUAUCCUCAACAGGACAGAUGCUGGCCAGAGGCUGCGGGACAGGGGUGUCAGGAUCUUUACCAUUUCUGGACAGAUGAGAGAAACCACUUCCAGCAUGGCCAACCUAAUCUAGUAUGAUCCCAGCAAAAGGGCAAUACUGUGGGCUGAAGGGGGAAGCUGAAAGGUUUAGUAUGUGUCAUAGUUUUCUAAAAUGUCCUAUAACUGUGGUUGAAAAGGGAAGAUGUUCUGUGCUCAGGUAAGUCAUGACAGGAGGACUGUGAAUAGGUGAUCUGUGAGACUCAAGGAACUGUAAGAAGAAACACCAGCAUGAAGGAAUUAUACUGAAAACAGUUGGUGUUUUUACAAUAGCAGAUAGCACAUUACAAAACAUGCUUUUAAAAACAUAAAUUCAUACUGAUCUCACCAAAUGAAAGCAGAUUUUCACACCCAGAACAGGUUUGAAGAAAGCUGCAAAGCUACAAAAAAUUCCACUAAAAAAUUACUUGAAUGAGAAAAAUGUCUGGCUAUCUGUCUCUUUGAUUAUCUUAACCUGUCUAGUUAUUUGUCUGCUGUUGUACACAUCUCUUUCUAGCUAUCAGUCUUCUACCUAUCAGCCUUCUUUCUGAAGCUAAUUGAUCAUCCAUCCAUUUCUUGAAGAAGCCAGGGUAUCUGCCAUCAACAUGGUUGAACACCUUCAGAGCACUGCAACCCUUUGGGUUAAGACAUGCAUUCUGUUUUAAGUUUUAAAUGCACCUCUGUGUCCUCUGGUUUGUGUUUAACUAUUGAUUCUGAGGAAGUCCAUAGGAUUGGCUUCAUCAGUGCCUUUGAGGACAUGUGUAGUACUGUAUAAGUAUAUGUAAUACAAUAAUACUUGAAUGCGAUCUACUCAGUCCUGCCUGUUCAGUUCUUUCAGUCUGUCAUGGUAAGACAUUCCUUUGAUCCUUGCUGCAGUAUUGUAAAUGUGAUCUUACUUUUAUGUUGUACAGUUUUAACAUAACAUCCCUGUGGUUGUAUUCUGUGGUUAUCUUAUUGCUAUAGUGAUGAUCCUCUAGUUUAGUUAUAAUUAUUUUUUCUAUAAUCUUGCAAUGUAAUAGAGACUUAUUGGUCUAUAAGAGUUUUGUCCCCUUGUCUCUAGUCAGUAGAUAUUACUCCAUCUUAAGUGACUGUUGGAGCUCUGUUAAUGGUCUAUUAAUAACAUUUCGUGUAUCAUUAUAAUUAAGAGAAUACAAUCAGGACCCAGAGUGCAUCUUAGGUACUUCUAAAGCUUGUAACACAUCUAUUUCUUCUAUGCUGAUAUUAUUUAAUAUACAGUUUAACUUUGUCUUUCUUGAGGCAUGUAGUCUGUUCCUUUCUUUUUAAACAUCUAAAUGAAAUAUUUAAUAUGUUAGCUAUCAUCUAAAAUAUUACAUCUUUUUCUCUGAGAAGCUUACUUAAUCUUUUGUUGUUCUCUUGCUGUUGUAAUAUUUAUUUGUAUUUUCUUUCAUUUAAUUCAGUCUUUUAGCCCUUUUAUAAAUU